GUCCAUUAUGUUGCUUCUUAAAGGUCGACCACCACAACCUAUUGUACUGCUCUUCACUCUCAUCUAGUUCUGUCACUCUUUGGGCGCCAUGGAGCUGAGCUUGAGCCGUGUCCACUUUGACGCGUCCAAGUAUCAAGUCAUCAAGGCCUUUGAGAAAGUCCUCCACGGACCUGACCUCUUCGAUCCGAAUGAUAUAACCCAAUGGCAAAGAGGACGCCCGCCGAAUUUUGUAGUCGAACUAAAGGAGAGCGAGGCCGGGGGCGUAGGGAACAAUGGAACAGGAAAGCUGACCUUGCACAGCCGGAAAUUUGGAGAUCGGUUUCGACGUUGGUUAAGAGAAGAUGGCAAUUGUGUCAAGGUAUUGCGGAAGAAGAUUUACGUUUCCCAUAGCCAGAGAGGUGUGACGGAUAACUUCAGGGAUAUGCUGGAGAAAUCGAUCUAUGUCGGUCCUGAGAAGCAAGAGGCCCGCGACCGCAUUGUUCAUCAGCUAUCCCAAGAUCGUCUCAGAGUGGAGAAGAUUCAAUUUGGUGCACUUUACAGGCCCGGCCCUGGUCUGUCUCGCAUGUUUGCGGCUGAAUACGAGCAGGAGUUCGUCAGUGGUAACAAGACUGCGUGGCUCGACAUGAGCUACGACCACAAGGAUAUACACAUCGAUUUGGGUAAUCGAGCCACCGACGAAGACCGCUAUAGCAUUAUUAUCAGAUGGUCUAGUAUUCGUGUUAUGGCGAUGGGCCACGACUUCGGAUAUGCAUUCAUUGUGUUUGACCUCGCCACUCCGCCCAUCUUGGAGGAAAGUAGCUUCAACAAUCGACCUCGCGAAGGGAUCGUCCGGAGGAAACAAGAUGCAGAACGCGAUCGCAUCUCUGCUCUCGAUGAUGCUCACGCACGUGUUACUCCAUAUGCACAUCAUCUUCGCGUUAUCUUCUUCGAGUCGAACGCUAUCGACCGCUUUGAACAACUAUGUCGGAUAGCGGCCAUAGAGCCGCGACCGGUAAUCCCGAAGUCCGGCAUAGAAUGUAGCAAGAUGGGGUUCUUCUCUGCGGAGAAGCUUUACUGGAUGAAAAACUGGCUUAUGCGGCUUGAGUGGAGGAAUGCCUUCCAGAUCGAGCUGUUGCUGCGCAAUACCUUGUUGACGACUACAGACCUCUUAGGAGACCUUCGGGGCCCGAUCGAUGAGAUCUGCGUCAAGUAUGGCUCGGAUGCCAGCAUCAUCUUGAGCAAAUUCGCAGAGGAGCUCAAGACGCGCAGAGGCCCCAAUGACAUGCCGGUGGCGAUGUUCAAACGAGUUGUGGGAGAGUUUGAUCACCGGAAGGCACUCUUGCAGCGGUUGAAGCUGUCGAAAGGUCACUUUUAUUGCCACCAUAUCACCUUCACGCCGACGCGUACAAUACUGGAAGGUCCAAAUCCGACUCAAAGCAAUCGGGUCAUUCGUAAAUACCAGGAGAUCGACCCUACUUUCACGGAGAAUUUCAUCAGAGUUGACUUUCGCGAUGAAGAUAGGCUUUCUUAUCGGUGGGACCGUGAUGUUGAUGGUACAUAUUUCCUCCAACAACGAGUCGGUCAUAUCCUCAAGAACGGCUUCGAGCUCGCCGGUCGAGACUUUGAGUUUCUUGCGUACUCUACAUCUGCUCUACGAGAACACGCAGUGUGGUUUGUUCACCCCUUUCACCUCCCUUCGUCUCAUCCCUCUCAUUCCGGAACAUACGUCAAUGGACACUAUAUCCGGCAAUCCCUUGGAGACUUCUCCAACGUCAUCCGUCAACCCUCAAAGUACGCAGCCCGCAUUGCACAGGCAUUUACCGCGACGGACCCAUCUGUCAAGGUCACAAGGGAUCAGUGGGAGGAGAUGGAGGACAUCGGUGAUGACGACCGGUAUCUUCACACUGACGGUGUGGGCACGAUUUCGCUUGAACUAGGGGGUAUGAUUUGGGCGGAGCUUUGUGAGAGCAGGUUGGAUCACGGUGGGAACACUGUGCGCCCUUCUGCUUAUCAGAUUCGUUUUCUCGGAUAUAAGGGUAUGGUCGUCAUUGAUCAUCGUCUUGUGGGGAUCAAGAUGCGCCUUCGACCCUCCAUGCGGAAGUUCGUUGUUGAUAAUGACGAAGAUGCCUGGCUUGAGAUUGCUCGCGCCUUUGAGCGUCCAAAUUCAUUUUCUCUCAACAGAGCCCUCGUUAUGAUUCUGGAGGAUCGCGGCGUCCGGAAGGAGUCAUUCAUCAGCCUUCAGGAACAGACAAAGUCGCUCAUCUACACUUCAUCGGACUCCAUCGAGAAAUUCGUCUCUCUCCUCCGUACCCACGGUAUGGGUUUUGGUUAUCACCUGCCCUUUAUUCUCGAGCAACUGGUCAAACUUGGUCUUGACUUCAAAGAGACUAAUCGAGAUGGUAGCAAAGCUAUCGAGAACGCAUUUCUUGGCCGCGUACUUCGCUUUGCUAUGAACGGAUGCUUAAGAGAUAUUAAGCAUAAGGCUCAGAUACCUGUUCCUGGUAGUUACAAGUUGGUUGGAUGUGCAGACGAGGGCCUGGCAUAUAUUCGCGAGGGCCUGGAUAAGGACAGUGUGUAUACCUUACCGGCGGGAUGUAUCUUCGCAUGUGUCCAAGAGGGUCCAGGUAGUGAAACGAAGUUCCUGAAAGGCCCUUGCAUGAUAUCAAGAAGUCCGGUGGUCCAUCCCGGCGAUAUUCAGCGAGUAUGGGCCGUCGGCGAACCUCCAAAAGACAAAAUAUGUUUUUUCAAGGACCUCAAGAACCUCGUCGUCCUUCCUUCAGUGGCUGAUCCAUCGUCGGAUACGGACCGCUCGUUAGCAUCUAUGCUUGGUGGAGGUGAUCUCGAUGGUGAUCAGUAUGAUAUCAUCAUCGACAACGGAAGCUUGAUGCCGGAGGUGCACAGCCAACCCGCGGACUAUACUGGCGCGGGAACCAGAACUCUUGAUCGCGAUGCUACGGUGGAUGACAUCUGUGACUUCAUCGUAGAGUAUAUCAAUUCCGAUGUUCUGGGUUUGCUCUCAGAUAAACAUCUGACCAUCGCCGAUCAAUCCAGGGAGGGCACAUUCGACCACCGCUGCAUGCUCCUUGCAGAGCUUUGUUCGCAAGCCGUAGAUUACCCCAAGAAUGGAAAGCCGGUCGACAUUUCAGACCUCCCGAGGUCACUCAGCCGCUUCAAACCUGAUUGGCAUCAAGCCGAAGUCUCAGGCCCUCGCGAGAACGAUUACUACGAGUCGGAUCGAGCCCUUGGUCAUCUUUUCAGGAACAUUGAGCUCAUGCCUACCCAGAAGGGUGUCCCUUUGGAUGUGCCCACUAAACCUACCAAUCCAGACAUGGAUCCGAUUUGCCUAGCGAUCGCACCACGCGUUCAGCAUGUGCUCCUCGACUAUGUGGCGCCAUCAUCCAUCUCCACCGUUGGAAGUAUGGCAGGGUCGGAUGCGGGCAUUGACGGUGCUUUAGAUAGGACACCACAAGCACUCUUCGCCAAAUAUGCCCGCGAACUGCGUUACAUACGCGUGACACACACGCUCACCGACGCACCUACCGACAUCCUCACAGAAGAAGAAGUAUUUAUCGGUGCCAUUCUUUCAAAUUGUACACAAGCCCGCUGGCGCAAAGGUCGUACAUACUACAUGAAACUCCACACCAGCAUGCUUGUCAAGGACAUCCGCCAACGUCUCGUAGCUGAUCCUACGAAAGCGGAUCCACAGACUUUGAAGCAAGGGCUGAAGGCAGCUUGGGACGCCUAUGUUUGGGCUUUGCGGAUGCAGGCAGAGAGGGGCACCGGACAGGAUGGUGGUGAGAUGGAAGGUAUACAGAGCUUUGGGUGGGUCGUGCUUGGGGUGGUUUUGGACUGUUUGCAGAAGCUUUUGGGCGACUUAGCACCGGUGCCGUCUCAGCCAUUACCGACGCCGCCGAGGACUGCUUCUCCGAGUCCGCCUCCUCACAUGUCUCGUGAAGGCUCUGGACGCGACCGUGGCGGACGUGGAGGUAAAUUUGGUCGGACGCCAGGCGAUAGAGGAAAUCAAGGUGGUCAAGGUGCUAGGCCCGGGGGCGUUCGUGGUGGAGGUGGUCGUAGCGGAGGUCGUGAUGGCGGCGGUGGCGGUGGUGCUCGCAAGGGUGGCGGUGGUGGUGGCGCUCGCAAGGAGAGAUGAUGUUGGUGUACACCUGUCUCAGUUGUUUGACAAUCCCGGUUCAGAGAAACAUGACCUCCCGUUGCUAUUCUGCGUUGAUCCUUUGGUUUGAUUCGUAGCCAUGUUAUCCCACUUUAUCCUGUUCGUACCUUGCU